CCUCCUCCAGUCCUCCAUCACACACAAACACACGUACACACACGCAAAACCAAGAGUGCGAGAGCAUCGUUGGUGAAGACAACAUGUAAGGCAGGAUGAGGGACGAGUGCUUUGCUCCGGAAGACCCACAGCAGGUGCAGUAGUAGAGAAGCUGCUCCUCUGAGGGAACAAGCUCCACCAUGUCCACCGCAUCCGAUCUGCUCACUGGCGAGGAGGUUGUGUUGAUCUUGAAUCACACCGAAAGGAAGACAUUGAGGUUACUUUAAGAUGACAAGAACACAUCCCCCUGAUAUACUGGCAUCGACUCUAUAUCAGGACUUCUCUAAUCCCAUCACCAACCAGAACAUUUCUCUCCACUCUUCCCAGCAAUGUGACUUGAAGAUGAUCGACAAACCAGAAAUCAUUAACAAAAGACACUGCCGCAGCUUUGACUUCAUUGAGUCACUGGAUGACCCACAGUCUCUCUCUUCAUCAAUGGAGUACCCUUACAAGAGGACUGAGGAUCAGACAUUAAAUAAAGAUCUAAUGUGGAAUGGAAUAGAUCAACCGGGAUACCUUCGCUUUUCGUCUCCUGAUCUGUUCAACACCAGGCAGUUCCAGCAGCAAACCAGCCAGGACAAAACAAGCAACCUUACAUGUUUGGACUCUAAAAAGAAAACAAGAUCUAGAAGUGCUCCUAGAAUUAAGUCCACCCUCACUCCUGUGCCCAUCUCAGUUUCUCCUCCAGGAAACAGGAAGGGGAGGGAUGUGUCCCAAGCUGCUUCAGAUACCUUGAGGACUUCUGAAACACAUCGAGAAUCCUACUCUUCAAAUAAGGCUUUUUUGAAUGAGGUGCACCCUAUCAAACUGCAGCCUCAGUCUCCUCUUUAUGUCUCAGACUGUUUUGAUGAGAAUAAACCAGAUAAACCAGCUAUAACCCCUCAUGUCAGGUGCCGUGUGGACAUUAAACCGGAUGCUGCUGUACUGCAGCAUACAUCUAGGCAGAUUCCCAAUGCACGGACUGAUCAUCCUUGGCAGAGAUACUCCCAGGCCAGUAGCAGUAGAGGUUUGUAUGUUCCUCGACAGAUUGUCUCCUCUCCAACGCCCACUCCUAGCGAAUGCUACAGUGGAGAUUUUAGACAAGGAUACCACUAUACCACCAGUAUGUCUCCCAUCUCAUACCAGCAUCUAGACAUGCAAAGAAUGCCUUCACCAACAGCACCAUAUCUCAGUCAGGAACAAAGAGCUUACUCAAAUCCUAAUAUACCGACUAAGUUCUUCUAUACAGAGGACCCUGUUCGUUAUCCUGUCCAUCCCUACUCUAGAGCAUACUUUCAGGAUGACCGGUCCAGUCUAACCAGCCAUGGUAGUACAAUGACUAGCCAGUAUGAUCCAAGGACUCGAUGGGUGCACACCCUUCCUGUCAGGUCCUAUUUCACAGAAAACUUUUCUAACAGAGAGCCAGCACACUCUGUAUAUAGUAGGCCUUACUCCACAAGUGAGGCAGGAUCAUACUUUUCUCAAACUCCACUGUCUAGAUCUUACUAUGGAGAGGACAGCCGGUUCAAUCCCUACCAUAUGAGUAACUCAAGGUUGUUUUAUUCAAAACCAUGCUCCCCCGAGGAGCAGUACUAUCCAUCAAGGCCAUACCAUACAGAGGGUCGUCGUCGCCCGAGAAUGUCGCAGGCCUUUUCAGAUGACUGGUAUCGCUCAAGUAUAUCUGGAUACUCUAACCAGUCCUCUCAGCUCACACCACCAAGAGUAAGGCAAGACCCCAGUAUACCUCCGUGGUUUACUAACAGCUGUUUGGAGACAAAUAAACUAGGCGCAGAGGUCAGAAACCACUCAAAAUCUUGGGACAAUAUUCUAUAUCCAAGGCACGAAAGGGAGCAAUCAGUACCACGUGGACGAAGCUAUGAAAACUUGUUUCAUCAAGCGAAACAAGCCGCAUCCUUUGAUGUUACAUCUCAGCCUGUUAUUCUUAACCUCUCAAGUUCACCAAGGCGCUAUGCUGCCCUUUCGCUCUCUGAAAGCUCAUUAGAAAGGGGUUCAAGCAAUCCGUGGAGGAAUACCAAGAGCGGGCACUGGUUUGUAACGCCUGAGAUCACCAUAACAGAUAAUGACAUAUCUGCAGGCAACAGAAAGCGGCGAGAUGUGCACACUGUCAGCUGGGAUAUGUUGGACGGUGAAAAGAAACCAUCUCAGAGAGUAUUGCCUCCUCAGCAGCCACAAAAUACACCGGACAUAACCAAAGAGAGGAAACACAACAACUUCUCCCUCCAGCAGAGUCUAGAGCAACUGGACGAACUCUUGGCUGAUUUGGUGAUUGAUUACAAACCACCAACUAGCAGAAGAUCAAGCGUUGACCUUUUAGACCAGCUGAAACAACUAAUUACUGAAGAUGACGACAAAGACAGAGAAUCUUCGGGUAUUGAAAACUACAACACACAACUCCCGUCCUCCAAAUCCAGUCCAGACACAAUCAAGGACCCUGAUAGUGGAUGUGAUGCUUUCCAAAGGAGUGCAGAAGAAUGUUCUCCAGACCAUAGCACAGACGAAGAUGACACUAUGGUGUGUGCUAACAAAAAGUGCAACCGGGUCGAGAGUAUGUUCAAUGCCUGCUUGUACUUCAAAUCAUGUCACAGUUGCUAUACAUUUUACUGUUCACGAAACUGUCGCAGGGAUGACUGGGAGUCCCAUAAAGAGACCUGUCUGUAUGGCCGGGUAACCAGUGUGUGCCGACACUCUCUUAAGUUCUGCAGAGAGAAUUCAGAGAUCCACAAAGCCUUCUCUCGCGUUGCUAAAGCUGGCUACCUGUCCAGGGGGAGAGGAGUUCUCUUUCUGGGUUUUGCUAAUCCAGAGACUGCUGACAACUUCCUCCAAGUUGGGCUUGAGAGCCUUCUCAUGUCUCCCACAUACCUAUCUCUCAGAGAGCUGGAUGGCUUUAAAGACAACCUAGGCGAAUACUGCAAGGAACUGCAACAGGCAGGUAAUGAGUAUGACCCCAAUGAAUGUUUCCUUCUGAAUGUAUCUGUAGCUGUUGGUGAACUAGUGCCUAACAGACCUUCACCAAGGGUCCAAGCACCAACAGUUCGAAAAUAUGCAAAGGUGUCGCUGGCCUCCUCAAGCCCUGACAAAAAGGUACUCAGGAAGGAUAGUGAAAUGGAAACCCUCAUCCUCACUCCGCCUCCAGGCACACCGGACAUUGACAAAGAAGGGGAGAAGGGGAGGAAAGCCAGAGAGGUGUGCUUUGUCAACAUUCAGCGGGAGCUCAGGACGAGAGGAGUCUUCCUACGACACGAGUAUCCCAAAAUCUAUAAUCAGCUGUGUGAGUUUGUAGAGAGCAACAAAAGGUUCACUCCAACUACGAUUUACCCAAUAGAUCGGAGAACAGGUAAACAGUUUAUGUGCAUGAUCAUGGCUGCGUCCGAGCCAAGAACACUGGACUGGGUGGGUACCCCUCACCUCUUGGAUGAUAUUAUAUAGUAGAGCACUAAACAGUAAUGAUAAUGAUGUCAGCAACUGUACAUGCUGUAAAUAUAUGGUGUGGUUUAGCAAAAUGAACAUUGAUAUGGGAAAAUGUUUAAAUAGUAUGUGACCAAUCUCUCUUUCUGUCUCUCUCUUCUCUUAUUUCUCUCUGUCCACACACACACACACACACACACACACACACACACACACACACACACACACACACACACACACACACACACACACACACACACACACACACACACACACACACACACACACACACACAAAGGCCAAUAUGCUCUCACUCUUAAAGGUUGCACUAUGUUGUUUUUGGCUUGUUUUGAUCCUGUUGCACUCAGAUGAGUUAAUAGCCUGCAUGUAGACUAGGCAAGUUAUCCAGGUGUUUAAGAUUUGAACAUGUAUGUUCUGUGCAGUUUCAACAGACAAUGUAUGAAGAACACGAUAUUUAUGAAGUACACAUCUCAAUGCCAACACCGUAUAGUAUUCACAGCCUGUAACAUUCAUCCAUUAUUGAUUUCUCCAACAAAUGUUAUAUAAGAAAUUAAUAUUAUAUCUUGUUACAGUGGUUGUAAUAUUACAACUGUAUUAUUACGUAUUUUUUCCUGAGUACACUAUAGUUAUGUGGAAAUGUUUUAUUAUUGCCAUAUUCAUUAUUGUUUGAUAGAAUAUGAAGUACAAUCAAACCAACUAUUUGUUUCCCACUUCAAUAAUAAUUUAAGUUGGAACUUAUAUCAUCUUGUGGUAAGACUUGAUGUCAUUCUUGUAUAAAUUGCUUUGUUUGAAAGUGGCCUUCAGUCGAAAAAAAAUUGCAUUUGACACAAGGCAAUGUAUGUAAUGAUUUAGCUAUUUCUUAAUGUUUGGGAGAUCUUGACUUAUUUGAAAUACCAUUGUAAAUGAACAAUUAUUUUGCUCAAAGCAUGUUAUUUUUAUUCAGGUAUUUUAAUAUGGAUAUUGCUUAUAAUAAAAUGUAUAAUGUUAAAGAGAAACUGUUGAUGCUUAGAAAUAUAAGAGGUAUAUUAUAUAUAUUGAAUAUUAGAAAAUUUGAACAUCAUGAUCUUGAGACCUUAUUGUAACUAAUACACCAGUUCUUAAACAAUAUGCAAUAAAAGAGCAACCUUAACAUAUAUAUUGUAAAAUGCUAUUUUAUUAUUAAUAUUAAAUAAUUCCCUGGAGCCAAGAGCUGCAAAGACUUUGUUUGCACUAAAACAUACAUUAUAAAAGAAGAAUGUUCAUAACACAGCUGCAGCACUGAACCCAGAUAUGAUGUUAUGCCUGCUUCCAUUGCCGUUGUUGACUAAUCUAAGGUUGCUCUUUUACUUGAUUAUAUAUAUCUUUGUGCAAGACCUUCUGGAACUUUCUAUUUUGUGAUGUU